AUGGAAACCCUCAAGGCUGUCUUCUUUGGGCCAGAUCCCCAAGCCCAGAUGAGGAAGUGCAAUGCUCUCAUUCGCCAGAAUACACGGCAGCUCGAUCGGGACCUCUAUCAACUCAAAGCCUUGGAUAGCAAGACCCGCCAGUAUAUCAUCAAUGCCUCCCGGCGCGCACAACGCAACCCAUCGCAAGCCAAACAAGCGAUGAGCGAGACGAAGACAUUUGCGAGGGAGCUCGUGCGGAUUCGGAAACAAACCACUCGCCUAUCUACAAGCCGCGCCCAGCUACAAAGUGUGGGAAUGCAAGUGAAUGAAGCGUUCCAGGUUCGCAAAAUCCAGGGUAGUCUCCAAAAGUCUACUGCCAUAAUGAAAGACGUGAAUAUGUUGGUGCGCAUGCCGGAGUUGACUUCUACGAUGCACCAACUCUCGACGGAGCUCGUUAGAGCGGGGAUUAUCGAGGAAUAUGUGGACGAUGCCUUGCCCGAUGAUUCGCUAUUUGAAGAUGAACUCGACGAGGCCGAAGAGGAAGUUGACAAGAUCCUGCAAGAAAUCUUACAGGGCAAGCUCUCCCAGGCCCCUGCCAACCCGGUUGCUCAGCCUGUGGACGAGGCUCCCGUUGCUGCCGAGCCCGAGGAGGAGUUCGAGGACCAGGAGGCGACUCUUUCCCAGAUGCGCGAUCGUCUCGAGGCUCUCAAGAGCUAG